CAAACCUUAUUGUCAUUAUGCAGUGUACAGUACAGGGACAACGAAAUGCAGUUAGCAUCUCCCUAGAAGAGCGAACAUAGAAUAUUAUUUGAUACCACUUUAGUGUAAUUGUGAUACUAAUAGGAUUUGUGUUUUAAUAAAGGAGGCACUGCAACUUUACCUGAUGAACACGCCUCUUUGGGCGUUUAAGAGAUCUCCCGCGGGACAGUGGGGGUGGGAUCGCUCUUAUUCUGUGCGAGAGGGCUGAUCUAUGUUAGUGCUGUCUAUGAUAUAAGUGUUCGUUGUCGAGCGGUACAACUUCAGCCGGGAUCCACUCCAGCACACAUCGCCGCCCAGUCUUCCUUCGGUUCUGGGCUAAGGCUCGUAUCCAGGCGGCACCAUGCAACUGUUGUACCUGACUUUGCUGCUCGCUGCCCAUUGUUCCCUUGCUGCAACAGUCGAGUGGGGUUUUUGUAAAGACUAUCCCGUUCAAGAAAACUUCACCAUGGCUCAGUAUUUGGGAACAUGGUAUGAAAUUGAACAAACCGACUCUGAGAAGGGAAACAAAUGCCUCAUGGAACAAUACAUUGUGAAUAAAGAUAAUAGGGUGGAACUUCUGACACAGAUUGUUCAAGAUGAUGGUUCUGUGGAAAUUCAUGAAGGAGAAAUACUUUACGAAUCACAAAACAAGAAUCCUGCUAAAUUUCACUUCAGAAUUUCAUCAGAAUAUGAGCGGUUAGGAUUCAUGGGACCGGAACCAACUAGCAGGUUCGUGAUGAGAUAUUGGGUAUUAGCCACUGACUACACAUCGUACUCGCUUGUGUACUCAUGCACUACUGCUUUGGGAAUUACACACAAACAUUAUGUCUGGAUUAUGGGACGAGAACGACAUUUAUCAAAGAAUGUUACUGACAGCCUGCAUGAACUACUGACCACAAAUAAUAUCAAAGUUACACUUUUUCCAACUGAUCAGAACAAUUGUGAGAUAAAUUACUGAGAACUGUAAAAAAAUGUAAACACUGUAAUCAUUAUCAAAAAUCAACGUCUUUACUUUAUUCCACUGUUAUUUACAUUAGGAUAACCAGGAUUUUUACCAUAUCCACUGAGCGAUGAGCUAAGUGCAAUUUUUACAUCCCUAAAUUUAUGAGUUGUAAUGAACAACACUGAAAUAUGUCAUAAAUUUCAACAUUAUUCAUAUUAAAGUCAGUUCUCAAAUUCCAAUCAGCUGGCAUUAACAAUUUAUUCACAAUUCUGUUAAAAUGGUAUGGAAUAAGUAGAAUGACUAACUUAGUUUUAUUUAUUCAUGUGUGUAUAUAUUUAUAUAAUGGUAUAUGGACACACUGAUCUGUUUUGUAGCCAAUGCCUACUAUGUUCUGUUGUGCUGAAGCAAACCAGGGACACAUGACAAUAAGUGUUCAAGAAGGAACUGCAGAUGCUGGUAGAUCGAAGGUACACAAAAAUGCUGGAG